AUGAGAAUCAAGAUUGACGUGUGGUCUCAAGGCCUGGAAGAAAGCAAGCGAGAGAACAUACGUGAAAAAUUAAGGGAUAUUUUCUGUCAACUUCCAGCAAGACGCCUGUGGUACUACCUCAAGCAGCUCCGACUAAUGUCUUUGAAAGACCCAUCAGAUCUAAAUGAUGACUGGCAAGAGGAUAUGGAGGGACCAGAGGAUGUCAUUGUCAAAGGUAGUGUCCUCUCUCCUUCUCUAUUGAUCAAGCCUCACUUUACCGUCAUGAAACAUAUAUUUCUCCUUAAAAACCCCGGCCUUGAACUUCACGCCAAAAUUAACAUGGAUGAGCUGGUACGAAUAAACCGCUUUGCCUUUGAACCAGCCGGCAAUAUUUGUGACUGCGGAAUUGAUAAACUUCAAGAGAGAGCGAGAUUAGUGACAACCAUGCUCCAAGUGACUCAGUGCCAUAAGCAAUGGAGUAAUGCACUCUGGACGGACGAUCAGAACAUAGAGAUGCUUACAAGGUUUUACGUGCGCGAAGAUGUAGAGGAACUGUUAGGUGAUCAACUUUCGGAUGAAACAUUGCUCAUUUGA